UGCACGUCAUAAAUAGACGUCACGUCUCUCGGUGACCCUUUACAAUUAUUAUAUUUGUUUCAAAACACGCACUAAAAUGAGUUUUCUGUGCUGCUGUUUUCAGAGUCAGUCUUCAGAGGAAGAGAGACAGCCUAUACUUGGAGCAGCACAGUCUGCAAGAAUACCUCAUCCUUCUGCUAAAGGUUCCCCGGACAGAAUCGGCAUGAUAACUGCACGGCAUGUUGGCGUGCCAGAUCUGGACCAGCGCUUCACUGACUUUGCAGAAAUGUUUAACACGCAGCAGAAAAACUACGAGUGUAUGCAGGAAAAGCGGAAAACACUGAUGGUUUGUUAUUGCUGUGCCCCUGACAGCAGCCUGUCUGAGUGUCUGCAGAAGAUGAAGGAUGAACACAACGACCACCAGAUCAUCUUGCAGUUAAAAGGAUACGACUUCGGCUUGGCCGUGACACCAGACGAUUCGGUGCCUGACAAGUUGAAGCAAACACAGGAGAACAUCAGGGAGCUGUGUCAAGCUGUCAAAGCCAUCAUGGCAUUUGGUCCCAAACUUGAGGAGCUGGUUGACUGGCUGCUGAAUUCAGAAAAGAUCCUGACCCAGAAGGUGAAUGCAGAAGCAAAGACACACCAGGAGUCUACACGACUCGGAGGCAAUUUGAGGGAGAAUCUUCGCGAGGCAUCAAGAGCUAAAAGGUUCAGUCCUCUCUACAGGGAAGAGGCUGGAAAACUUUUCAACGAGGUGGACAUGCUGUCUGGAGUCAAACAAUGAAUCAUUUUCUUAAUGUUACGUAAGCUACGUAAGGCUGGGUCUUUAACUUUAAAUUUUGAUGGCUCUACACUAGAAUUCCAAACAAAUUAAAAUAUUUAGGAGUGAUAAUUGAUGCACAUUUAAACAUUUGUUCCUUAUGUUCUGAACACUGUAAAGAUGAUAUUCCUUCAUUUGAAAAUCAUUGUCAAAUUGCGUCCUAUGCUGUCACUCCUGGUGGCUGAAAAGUUGAUCAAUAUCUUUGUGUUUUCUCAAUUUGAUUAUUGUAAUGCUUUGCUGGUCGGGGUCUCAAACGCUACCCUAAAUAAAUUACAGCUGGUUCAAAAUUCAGCCGCCCAAAUCCUGACUGGAACCAGGGCAAGGGAUCACAUCACUCCAUUCUUGGAGCCCCUGUCAGAUUUCAGGUGGAUUUUAAAGUUCUUAUGCUUACCUACAAAGCUUUGAAUGGUUUGGCUCCUAACUAUCUUACUGAGCUUUUAGCCCCCUACACACCUUUGCGUGCUCUCCGCUCUUCAGAAACUGGCCUUUUAAUCGUCCCACAUACCCGUUUAAAAUCUAUGGGUGAAAGGGCAUUUUCUUCUGUAGCUCCAAGACUCUGGAAUUCCUGCCUGUUCGGAUUAGGCAAGCAGAAUCCCUUAUUGUCUGUAAAUCCUCCCUUAAUGCUUAUUUCUUUAGGGUAGCUUUUACUUGAAAUUGAUUUUUUUAACUUACUUGUUUUGAUUGUAUGUUCUUAUUUGGUGGGUUUUUAUAUCUUACUUAUUUUAACAUUAUUUGUAUAAAAGUAUGUUUCUUUUUUCUUCUGUGAAAUGCUUUGAGAUGCUACUUUUAAAGGCGCUAUAGAAAAUAAAGUUCACAAAAAGGUG